AAUAUCAGAGGUGGGACACUCCUUUUGAAGGGAGCGAUGCCACAAAUGGUUCCUUCAAAUUUCUUCAUGGACCAUCGACGGACCAAAAUAUGAUGUGGGCACCGGAGGAAAUACUUGCAGAACCAUUUGACUUGAGCAGCAUAGAAAAUACCCAGAUGGUCUUACCUGAUGUUCUUGGGUCACCUCAAAUGGCGCCUAUAUCAUAAUGCUUAGCUAUAAGAGAUGAUCCACCGGCUGGGAUAGAUCCACAGUCCCACAAAGGAAAAGAAAUAAUGACUCCUGAGGAGGAAUAUGAAGAUUUCAAGAAGAAGUUCCAAAAUGUGAAUCAACCGCAAAAAUCAAAAGGGAUCCUUAAUAUGCAAAAUCUUAUGAAGCCUCUGGAAGGAGGUGUGAAACUGACAUUAAACAAAGGGAAAAAAUUUCAAAUGCUGAGGGAGGAAGAACAACAAGCUCCCCUCCUAGUCUCGGAAGAAAUCAAUAAUCAGAUCUCGGUAAUCAAUUCUAGAGGAGUGGUGAUUAACCAUAUGGAGAAACCUCCUAAAGCUCAAAAAGGGAAAUCAAAAUCAAACUUUCCAAAGGCUAGAAAGAAUCGAUUGGAGGCCAUUAUCUUGAGGAAGAACAUACAAAGCUUAAUGGGAACCCAAAAACAGCAGAAGAAAAAGACUAUUGGAAAGGGGAAAUCAAAAUCAAAACUGAACCAGCAACAACAAGAUGAUUGUUUAGUCCCCCCUCACCAAUAUUAUGGUAAACCUCCGGUGAAAUUCUGUCAAAGUGUCCCCAUAUCUCAACCCCAACAGUUCACUUUCAAUACCCAGAAAAUCUCAGAUAAUAGUGUUGUUUCAACCUUCAAUGGCACAUCCAUGAACCAGAAAGAAAUUUUUGUACCACCCUUUCACAUCUCUGCUCCUUUAAAUGUUGUUCCCUGGCCGUACCGUAACCCACCUCCGUACCAUAAACCCUAUCCGGCUCCUGGGAUCUCAGUGGUGCCACCAAUUGGUGAUACCGUCAAUCUCGCGGGAGGAAAUGGUAAAGGAAAUGAAGCUGCUGCUCAGGUUCACAGGGCCAUCCAAGAUACCCAAAACAUUGGUGAUGGUGCUGACUCUAAGGGGGGAAAUCAGAAAGUGCAGGAAUCUACAGCAACACCAGGAUCCAACAACAGCUCGGUCAAUCGGAUCAUACUAGCCAGAAGGAGACACAGAAGAGAGCUUCAUCUAACGGUUCAAGAUGGAAAAGCUAGAAGAUAACUCAUCAAACAACUGAAGGAACAUGAUCAAGACUCGGGAAAUCCUAUUUUCUUUUCGCUAAAAAACCUUUUAAUGUAUUUUAAUUCCGUAAUGUAUAAUCAUUCCAAUAUACCUAUUAGAAGUGUUAUCCCAAUCGGUGCUCAAAACAUCCUAAACUACAAUGAUACUGGAGAAAGCUCGGAACCUUUGAUGCCUGGGAACUAUCAUCUGUAAAACUCUAAUACUCGGUGGGUGGUUUUUCCACUCACUUAGCUGUUUUUAAUUUAGUUGCUUUUCAAAAAAAAAUAAAAUAUACAUACAUA